AUGCAGGUGCAUCAACGAGUGCACACUGGCGAAAAACCAUAUUCAUGCACCGCUUGUGGCAAGAGUUACGCUCAGAAAGUCGGUCUGAAGAUCCACUUGGAACAGUGUGAGCCCUAUCAAGCAGGGCGGCAGUCGGAGAGCCCGGUGAACGUGGACACCGACUCGGACAGCUCGGACAGCGCUCGCAAGGUCGACUUCUCGCUGCCGAACAUCUAUGCAAUGAGCGCCGCUACCGCUGUUACGAUGCCCAGCUACAGCCACUGGAGUGUUCCCGACAUCCUUAGCAAACUUCCAACAUCUUCCUAUGGAAUUCAGUCGACAACCACGAUCAGCACCUCUCCAACUUCAGUGCCUUUCCGCACCCUCGAGCCAACUCCUCCAGACUUUGGACCAUUGGUGGCUUCCAAACCGCCGACUCAUCCUGAAGUCGCAAUGCCAGAAGCAUUUUCGGCUUUCUAUCCUCCGUCAUAUGCAAAGCCCGUUGAACCAGUGCUGGAUCACGGAAUGGCAGCACUGAAAGGUCUGGUAGACAGUGGCUUGAAUCCACAACUGCUUCCACUUCCUAAUCUCCUGUCGCAACAACUGCUGAACACUCAGUUGCUCAUCCAGCAGCUGCAGAAUAACGAUGUGCUGCUCUCGCUGCUCAGCCAGAACGUCUCAGCACUGAAUCCGCCAUCCGUGGCACCGUUGCCGCAGCCAACUCCCCUACAUUCUUCGUUCCUCGACAGCUUCUUCCCCA